CAAAAAGAAAAAUAAUUGAAACAACCAAAAAACAACUUUUCCACCACAACCAUGGCGUUGAAGGCCAAAGUGUUGUACGACUUCUGCUCCGAACACCCGGGUGAGAUCUCCAUAACGGAGAACGAGCUGGUGACUCUGUACAGCGAGGAGGAGCUGGAUGGCUGGCUGGAGGGGAAGAACAGCAGGGGGGAUGAAGGCCUCCUCCCCGCCUCCUAUGUGGAGAUCCUCAGGGAACCCGUCCCCUGCGCCGCCAGCAACAACGGCCUGUCCUCGCCUCCCAAAAUCAAAGCCGUGAUGCCCGCCCACCCUUCCUACGCGUCCCCGCCGCCGGACGCCCAGUCCCAGAGGGGACCCGGGGCCGGCAGCGGCGGGAGCGGUGGAGGGAGCUUCCACACCAGCCAGGGCAGCGACGACGACUGGGACGACGACUGGGACGAAGGCUCCCCGGGCGCCGGCGCGUCCCAGGGUCUCGGCAGGUCGCCCCCCUUGUACCCGGUGACCACCUCCUUGCCCGCGGGGCGGCGAGAGAGCAGCCAGCAGCAUCAACAAGCCAAGAGCUCGGCGACCGUGGGGAGGAACCUCAACAGGUUCUCCACCUUCGUGAAGUCGGGCGGGGAGGCCUUCCUGCUCGGGGAGGCGUCCGCCUUGGUGAGGGACGGGGACAGGAUCUUCGUGGUGAUGGGGAAGCAUGGGCCGGAGUGGCAGGAGGACCCCUACCCGUUCACCUGCACCAUUGACGACCCCACCAAGCAGACCAAGUUCAAAGGCAUGAAGAGCUACAUGUCGUACGGCUUGACCCCGACGCACACCAACGUACAGGUGAACCGCAGGUACAAGCACUUUGACUGGCUGUACGCUCGGCUGGUGGAGCGUUUCCCGGUCAUCUCGGUCCCCCACCUGCCGGAGAAGCAGGCCACGGGCCGCUUCGAGGAGGACUUCAUCUCCAAGCGGAGGAAGGGCCUGAUCUGGUGGAUGAACCACAUGACCAGCCACCCGGUGCUGGCGCGCUGUGACGUUUUCCAGCAUUUCCUGACGUGCGGAGCGGACGAGAAGGCCUGGAAACAGGGCAAGAGGAAGGCAGAGAGGGAUGAGUUGGUGGGGUCCAAUUUCUUCCUCACCAUCAGCACUCCCGCUGUCCCGCUGGACCUCCAGGAAGUCGAGAGCAAGAUCGAAGGCUUCAAGACCUUCACCAAGAGGAUGGACGAGAACAUCGUGGUCGUGAACGCCACCAUCAACGAGUUUGCCCGCAAGCAGAUGACGGGGUUCAAGAAGGAGUACCAGAAGGUGGGACAGUCCUUCAGCCUCCUCGGGCAGGCGUUCGAGCUGGACCAGCAGGCCUACUCGGCGGGCCUGAACAGAGCCAUCGCCUACACCGGCGAGGCCUACGAGGCGGUGGGGGAGUAUUUCGCCGAGCAGCCGCGCCACGACCUGGCGCCCAUUUCUGACCUGCUGGACCUCUACAAAGGACACCUGGCCAAUUUCCCCGACAUCGUCCACGUGCAGAAGGGUGCCCUGACAAAGGUCAGAGACUGUCCGAAGCAAGAAGGCGAGCUGCACGACCGCUGCAACAUCAUUUCCUGCGCCACGCUGGCGGAGAUCCAGCACUUCCACCGCACGCGCGUACGGGACUUCCGCUCCCAGAUGCAGCACCACCUGCGCCAGCAGAUCGUCUUCUUCCAGAAGAUCACCGCCAAGCUGGAGGACGCGCUUCAGAAAUACGACGACGACCAGUAGGAAGAGAUGGGGGUGAGAACGGAGAAGUAGAACUUCAAGAGGGCGGAGCUUGAAGAGAAGUCCAGACCGAGAUAAUUGAGUUGUUCUGUCUUGCAUUAAAGGAGAACCUCUUCAGGUCUUUUUUUAUGGGAGAUUUGUUUUAGAUGUAGCUUGCAUCAAGAAUUAUAAGAAAGGCAACCACUCUUUUUGAAAAACAAUAUAGAUCACUGGACUGUGGAAAGAUAACUUCUUGGAUUAUCUUGAUGCCCUUGAUGAAUGUACCAGUAAGUGGGAUUUUGCUGACGCUACAGGCACAUCUCCAGCGACGGAUAUUAAAAACAGCUGCCUCUCGACGUGACAGGGCAGCCUCUCUAUUCCCAGUUCCAGGGUCACGUGAUCUCUCCAUACGGCCUUCCUACUUUAUGGAAACCGUCUGUUGUCUGACUCGGUAACACAACAGAAACCCAGGCACAAAACUCCCCGAAUAGAUUAAACGAGAUCUUUUAACGGUUGAAAGGCAGGACUCUUUCUGUUUUCUCUACUUGAAUGACCUGUUCAGUAUUGUUUUGAUGGGCCAUGACAUAAUGUAAGUGUUUGUUUGUGAAUAGUGAAAGGGUGAAACAUGGGUGGAAUCUGGAAUCUAAUGAAUGCGUUUGCCUACUUCUGAUGUCUAACAUCUGUCACAGCUCGGAUGCUGUCACAUCUUUGCUAUAUCAUGACAUGAAUAUCUUUGUUGUUCUGCAUUUUAGUUUAUGUCUUGCCAGAAUGGAAUCUCUAACUGAUCUUCGACUGAUUUUAAAACUUAUUUCGGCAGACUAUCUAACAGUUCUUUUUGUUAUUUGAACCUCAAGUCCACAUCUGUUUUUCUGAUUACCCUGUAAGAGAGAAGCUCAGAGGUCAGACUCAGGGUACAGAAACAGCAACUUGAUGGAUGCCUCUUGGCAUGAAAUCUUCGAAUCCACAUCCUCCUGUUUGAAGCCACCGCCUGGAGGUUCUUCUGUGAUUCUAGUCUUUUUUUACAUUUAAAAAGAGUUUAAAGACAAUCCUGUUGUAAGUCGUGUUUAUUUUCCUAUUCCGUCUUUGUGGCACUCCAACUUCAGGGACGUAACUUGAUUAAUGGUUGCUCUUUCAAAUGUGCUAACCUGUAAAACAUAGCACACAAUUCAGUUUGUUGUAGGUCCUGAAUAAAAGUGUUAUUAUGUCACUAAGAGGGAAGCUUAGAGGUGAAGACAAUCAAUAUAAAGUCUAUGCUUACAUUGAAUAUUUCUCGUAAAAUUGACACUUUACAUUCCUGUCAUGGGUUUUUACUUCACAUGGUUUAGAAUAGGAUUGUGUUCCUCACAUUUUCUACAAUGAAGUCAAUACCUAAAACGGUCAAUGUAACACCAUGGGAACAGUAUUUCAGUUAAAAAUGUACGUUAUAUAUAUAUAUAUAUAAUUUUAUAUUUAUAGUUCCAUUUGACUCGUUCUGUGUCUUUUAAUUAGUGUUUUAUUUCAACAUUAUCAUUAUUCAUUAUUCUAAACACCUGCUCCAUCAUUUUUUUUUUUUUGUUAUCACUGUUUUGUCUCCGAAGCAGGAGCAGUCCAGCCGCUGAUAUAUGACACCAGAGUUCCCAGUCUGCAGGUCAGGUUACUGCCGUUGCAGGCUUUUCAUUAUUUAGACCUGCCUCUUGUUCCCUGUUUUCAAUUUCUCAUUUACUGGUUUCACAAAUCAUUUCAAAUUCUUCGUGAAUCUGAGCUUCAGUUUCAAUUCAUAAAGAUUCCAUACACAAAACAAAGCUCACCGGCUCUCUAAAGGAAGAUCCACUUCCACUAAGCGUUUAAAGUAUCUUGAUAGGAGUCCCUUUUUGGGGUCAUUUGAAUCUGCAGUACAUCUAGAUGAAUGCCUUGGGAUGUUUCACUAUUGAAUGGCUUCGCUGGCCGAGGCCUAUUUCUGAGUUACAUAAAAGCUAAAGGGGAGUUAUGCAAAUGUCCCCCAACUUUCAAGAUGCACAGCCUGUUGAUGUGAGUCAUUCAAAUAAAGGACUUAAAGACUGA